AUGCUGAAGGAGAUUACAGCGGCCUUGGUUUUUGGGUUGGCGGUAUGGGCAUUUCUGGCAACUAACCCUCCACCUCCAAAGAUUUGUGGUACUCCAGGUGGCCCUCCUAUUACAGCUCCUAGAGUAAAAUUGAGGGAUGGGAGGCAUUUGGCCUACAAGGAGUAUGGUGUCUCUAGAGAAACUGCUAAAUAUAAGAUCAUAUAUGUUCAUGGCUUUGCCUCUAUGAGACAUGAUUCACUGAGUGUGACAAAGCUCUCUCCGGAAGUUGUUGAGGAACUGGGGUUGUACUUUGUGUCCUUCGACCGGCCGGGUUAUGGAGAAAGCGAUCCAGAUCCCAAGCGAACUCCAAAAAGUAUAGCUUUAGAUAUAGAAGAGCUUGCUGAUCAUUUAGGACUUGGAUCCAAAUUUUAUGUGAUGGGAUUCUCCAUGGGAGGCCAAGUGGUUUGGGGCUGCCUCAAGUACAUCCCUCACAGGCUAGCAGGAGCAACCCUUAUUGCUCCUGUUGUCAACUUCUGGUGGCCUGGGUUUCCUGCCAACGUAUCAACAGAAGCCUACAACCUACAGCUACCUCAGGACCAGUGGACAUUACGUGUUGCUCACCAUGCUCCAUGGCUCACCUAUUGGUGGAACACUCAGAAAUGGUUUCCUGCAUCGGCUGUUGCAGCCCGUAAGCCUGAAGUUUUCUCCCGCCAGGAUUUAGAACUCCUUGCCUUGGCUACAGAUCAAAGAACGAACAGGGCACAAGCAAUGCAACAAGGAGAAUUUGAAACCUUACAUCGAGACAUGAUAAUUGGAUUUGGGAAGUGGGAAUUCGAUCCCAUGGAUCUUGAAAAUCCUUUUCCUAACCACGAAGGCUCAGUUCAUCUAUGGCAGGGAGAUGAAGAUAAGAUGGUGCCUGUUAGCUUGCAACGGCAUAUUGCCAAAAGACUUCCAUGGAUAAACUACCAUGAGGUUUCUGGUUCUGGACACAUGUUCCCCUACAUCCCAGAGAUAUGCGAAGCGAUUAUAAAAGCUCCUAUGCUGGAAAAAAACUAG